UUUAUUUACAUAUAACGAUAGCAGACUUUGUACUAAAAUAGUUUCAUUUGUAUCUCACUUUACAUAUUAUCACAUAUUUAAUGUCAUUAACAGUCAACGUGUUGUUUUCUGAUUUCAGAAAUUUCGCAAGGACCUUAUGAAUGUGAAUCGUUGUUAUAUGCACCUGCAUACACUUGGAAUGAAAUGAGUUUUUAUGGAUUUUAACGCCUAAUUUAUCAAAGGAUGCAACAUUUAUACUUUCGACACAGAAACGUGAAAUAUGCUUGUUCCAAGCAAAUGGUGUUAUUUACUUCUAUCAUUGUUAAAAGAAGCGUUUACAUGUAGAGUAUACGACUGUAAACAUCCAGCAAAACAUGGUAUAAAAAUAAGAACUAAUUUAAAAAAUCAUUAUUUACCAAGUUCAAAGUCAGAGCUCAACUUGGAUAAAUAUUUCGAGGAACCAUAUCAGAUCACUGUAAACAGUUCAAGCCCAGCAGUAUUGGACUCUGUCAUUAGAUUUUCAGCUAAUAUAUCAUCACUUGAAGAGGUUUUAUCUAAUAAAACACUUUUUGUAUAUCGCUGGGUAAAUACUGCAAACAAGAACACAUUAACAUCCGAAGCUAACUACACGUCAAGUAUUGAUAUAAAUACAUUUUUUAGUUACGCUGUUAGUCCUGGCGAAUAUCACAUGAAAGUUACAGUUUACAAGAAAGAGAAGAUAUGGCCUUUUAGCGUAAAGAUAGGUCAUGCUUCAACAAAGUUUUUACUAACAGAGUGUUUAAAUGGGAAACUGGCAAUCAAACAACAACUGAAUGACGAAAUGUAUGUUAACAAUCAUACAUUUGCAACGAAAAAGCCACUAAAUCUAUCGUCUGUUUUGACAGAUGAGUUUGAAAUUGAGUACUCAUAUGCCUACAUUUGGUUUGUUAAUGGAACAUUUCAAGAAUGGAAUGAAAGUUAUUCUUACAUUACAUAUAAUGGUAUUACUCCUGGGAAGUUAAAUAUUACGGUCAAAGUUAAAGCAGCCUUUGAUUUUCUUUCAAAUAAAGCAGGGGUAUUUACCAAGUUCAUCACUUUAAAGGAUGCAAUCAACAUCGACAAUAUCACGGGUGAAAAUGAAGUAUAUGAAGGUCAACAUAUGUAUGUCAAUGUUUCUUACAAUGGAAGCAAUCCAACAGAAAUUUGUUGGCAUGUUAUGCAUAUAAAUGAAAGUUUUAACUGUACAUGGUUAAAUGGAAACGAAAACAGAUAUACAAUAGACUUACACACUGACCACGAGGAAGGCACAUACAAACUGAAUAUAACCAUGAAAAAUGAUGUGAGCAAGGCUUAUGCUCUGAUAUCUUUCAAAGUUAUAGAUGGAUAUAAAGAUCACAAGAUCACCAGUGUGAUGGUAGUGACAAUUACAUUUUGCUUGGUUGGUCUUAUAAUAACAGUGUCUGCAUUAGCAUAUUCGUUAAAAGUACGAAAAAAGUAUCAUAUUACUGAAGUAGCUGAUUUUAAUUUCCAUCCACAUAUAAAGAAGGGACCCAAAAUUUCGACAGUAAUGAAGAAUUUAUUAUUUGAGUUUUUAGAGAAAGAUAGAUUUAAUAGGAGACAAAACAAUUUAAACAAACAUCAGUCAACAAUCAAGACAUAUGGUACUAUCGAAUCGUCAAACGAUGACGAUAUGCUCUUAUACAAUCUGUGAUUAUUUAUUUUUUUGCAAAAGUGAGUAUUGCUUAGUUGUUUUCAUACCACUUUACAAAUGUUGCUUUACCUUUUCCAUUACAUGUCAAUGACUAACUAUGUAAUAGUAUAAUAAAUCAUAUGAAGUACAA